AUAUUUUCGAUUUCCAAGUGUAAUAAUAUUAUUGUUUCAAUAAAUAAUAAUAUCAAUUUAACUACUUAAAAAACUUCUGCUAGGACUACGUUACGGAUUGUAACUGCUCGCACUGAAUAAAUCCUCCCUGAAGAAGAGCGUCUUCCGUGUGCUCUGUCGAAAAACGUAUCCUAGGGAAAGAAAUUCUUAAUGGCUCCACCGAAAGUAAAACUGCAUAAAUCUACUGGAAAACAGAAAUAUGUUCCACGACCAAACUCAAGUGGAUCUUCGCUACAAUCACCCACCGGGAACGUACCGAACGCUGCAGCAUCCGAUACUUCGCCGGCGACCGAAGCGGAUCGUCAGUUCGAGCUAGAGCUCUACUGGUGUAUCCAACAGCUGGAAACAUCACUCAGCUUACCACACGUGCGGGAAAACAAUAAGAAAAUCGAAGAUACCACAAAACUUAUCACCACACUGAAGAGUGCCAACCAACCGAUCAUUAGAAAACGGCAGAUCAUGAGAACCACCUUCGGGGACUAUCGAAGCAAAAUGGCCGCGGAAGAGGAAUCGUUAGCCGUCAAUCCGGACAGCGUGCGCUUUCAGAGAGAAAAAGCCAAGUACCAUUUCGUUAAAAAAUCAUCCAUUCUGAACGGGAACAAAGAUUUCCGCUUUAAUUUCCCACUGGCCAACGGCAAUGGAGGUGAAUCGGCUGAUGUUGCGAACCAUACGGAAAAGCAAGAGAAGGAAACGGAAACCGCAAACCAUCCGACACACAACUGUAAAUAUGUCCCUACGGACAAUACGUUUCGUUUUAACUUUUCUCCUGCUAUCGAAUAGAAUGUAAUAAAUGAUUCAUAAAACACACCCUGCA